AUGUCGAAGUACACGCCCAACAGUGAACACGUGUCAACAUGGCUCUUUGUUGUUAAGUUAUUGAGUGAGAGCCUAUCAAACUCCUCCAUGAUAAUGCUCUAUCACACGUUGCCAAGAUUGUCCAGCAAAAAGUCGACGAGUUGGGCUGGACAGUUUUGCCGUAUCCGCCGUAUAUUCCGGACCUAG